AUGGACCCCGCCUCGCCCCUCCCCGCCGACUUCCCUCGUCUCCCCCGCCAUGCCUCGGCAGACUCAUUCGAGCCCCUCUUCCCACCCCACUCGGCAGCGUCUACAGCAGCAUUUUCCGCCUCGGAGACCACCCUCCACACCCCGAGAUCGCUUUUUGCUUCCCACUCGACGAUAGACUCGCUGGCUUCCACUCUGGUCUCGGAGAGGUAUAGCAGCCCUUACGACCAACUCGAUGCCUACAACAAACUGGAUCCUUACGACUUUGGUCUCGACGCACCUGCUCCUUACGUAGAGAAGCCGCCGGCCACCCCAGUACCAUCCUCGGGCAUCGAGGCGCCCAUCGUGCUCUCCCUGUGGAGAUUUUGGGCAGUCUUUGGAAGUCUGUGUAUAGUCGUGUUUCUGUUUGCUCUUGAUCAGCUCAUCGUUGCCACUGCUCUGCCGAAAAUCACUGCCGAGUUCGAUGCUCUCUCACAGAUGUCCUGGAUCGCCUCUGGCUACUUGCAAUUCAUGAACAUUUUCCCCUCGAAACAUGUCAUGGUCAUUGCCAUUACCCUCUUUGAGGCCGGCUCUCUCAUCAGCGGUAUCGCGACCAACAUCGAGCUCCUCAUCUUUGGGCGAGUAUUGAGUGGUGUCGGAGCUGCGGGAGUCUUUGGAAGUGGAAUGGUCAUCAUUGCAGAGCUCACGCCGCUGAGUACGAGAGGAAAGUACUUGUCGGGCUUUGGUAUCUGCUUUGCCGUCGCUUGCGUUGUCGGACCCCUGCUUGGUGGUACUUUUGCAGACCACUUGUCUUGGAGAUGGUGCUUCUACAUCAACCUUCCCCUCGGCGCCGUCGCCGUCAUCCUCAUUAUCAUCAUUCAACCUGCCUACCCUCCCCUCGGCAUGAAACACACUUAUACCGGCUACUCCAGAUCCAUGAUCACCCAAGUGCUCAGAUGCGACUGGGCCGGUGUCUGUCUCUCCACCGCCUGGGGUACAUGCCUCAUCUUGGGCGCAGAGUGGGGAGGCGUCAGCAAGGAUUGGGACGAUUGGAGAGUGAUUACCGUUUGGGCGUUUACUGCCGUUUUGACCCCGGUGUUUUGUUAUUACGAGUGGUACAUGAAGGAUCGGGGGUUCUUCCGCAUCAGGAUGUUUAGCAGGAGGACGAUCGGUGGUGCUGGUAUUGUCGGAUUCUUCAUCUUUGGCUGCUACAUGAUAUUGGUCUACUACCUCUCCCUCACCUACCAAUCCGUCUAUCACGUCUCCGCCACCGGUGCCGGCACCCGCCUCCUGCCGCUCGUCCUCUCCCUCGUCCUCUUCCUCAUCCUCUCCAAUAUCGCCAUCUCCAAACUCGGUCGCUCCAAAGCCAUCAUCUCCAUCGGACCGGUCUUUCUCAUCAUUGCCUCUGCAUGCUUUUCAACGAUCACGUACGAGACACCGAAGAUGAGGUUGUAUGGGUUCCAGGUCCUCCUCGGCGCGGGACUGGGGUGCUGUAUGCAGAAUAUCAUGUUGGCGGUGCAGAAUGAGCUGAGAGAGGAGCCGUUGUUGGUGUCGCUUGGUACGGGCAUGACUGUUUUCAUGGGGUUCGCUGGCCGUAUCAUCGGCCUCAACACUGCCCAAUCCGUUUUCGAAAACAUGAUCCAGCGCAAUCUCCGCCACGAAAUACCUGGCAUCCCCUACGCCACUAUCCAGCUCAUCAUGAAUGACGCCAGCGCCGUCUGGACCCAGGUCCCGGACGAUGAGCGACCUAUGGUGUUGAAGGCGUACGCAAAGACAAUCAGUCAGGUGUUUUUGAUUACGAUACCGAUUGCCGUCUUUGCGCUGGUGGGUGCUAUUUGGAUGAAGGAUGAGAGGAUGGUGAGUAAGGAAGAGGAGGAAGAGGUGGAGGCAAAGGCGGCGGUGGGUGCGGCAGGGGGUGAUGUAGAGCGCGGACAGUAUGCUUCUGUUAAAACGAAGAGGAGUGAGGGGAUGGGCUCGACAGAGAAGCUGCUGCCCACGGUGACCGAAGAGAGUGUCCCAAAAAUCCAAGCCUAG